AUGUCAAGAUUGACCAGUGAUCAUCAUCACCAAUACUCGCCACAAGAGUAUGCUGCUCAAACAGAAAGCACAGAGGAACAGAGAAAAGAUCAUGGGCCAUCAUCGAGCAGUUCAACCUCUAAACAUUCCUCUCCAUUUCACAAGAGUACUAGUUUCGAGAAAAUAACCGAUACUAUUUUGCCCGCUUUCUUUACACCCUGUGUAGUUGAAGGGUUUCCAUCUUCGGUUAUUCAUUACGGCAAGCUUUCUUCAAGAGUGAUCACUUGUCAUUACACACCACAACAUUACAGAGGUGCUAUUGCACUUCCUUUGGAUUUCAACACUGUUUAUUGUCUAAAAAUUGCACUCAGUACACCAUCCGUUACUCAACUGGAAAGAGAAGUCUCGAUAUGCAAUUACUUGAAUAAUUCUCUACCAAAUAAUGACAUUGUACCCAAAAUAUUCACAUAUCUAAGCGACUAUUUUAUACUGGUACGAGAACUUGUAGUUGGAAGGUCUUUUCGAGAUUAUUUCAAAGAGUGGGGCGAAAUUUGUAACAAGUUGGAAAACCUCUCUUUAUUUACUUAUCACUUAACCCUAUGCAAAGAAUUGCACGACAUUCUUGAUAUUUCAAUUAAGGCAUGUGAUUCUCUUAGUCAAAUACAUUCAUUACGUGUUUGUCAUCUUGACUUGCGCCCUGAAAAUCUCAUAAUUGACACACAUCAUUCAACCGUAAAAAUUAUUGAUUUUGGAAUGGGUUGUUUUUUAUCAUUAGACAAUCCCUUUGUAUAUUCAGACAAACCUAUAGGUUAUUUUCCAUACAUGUCUCCUGAAGCAACUGGAAAGAUUUCGAAACCUAUUGGAUUUCAUUCUGAUAUUUACAGCUUUGGAUUUAUGCUCUAUGAGAUGUUGGCAAAAGAGCAUCCAUUCGGUAGCAAUAAGGCAAAUUCUGAAUAUAUAUUCUCUCACAUAACUCAUCAACCGGAGGUUCUUUAUAAUAAUCUUAAAAGAAGGGGCUUAAUAAUGGACGAAACAUCUUUAUACGCAAAAUUAAUGAGCGCAGUAUCUGCAGUAGUCACUAAAAUGGUGCAAAAAGCUAUAGACAAAAGAUAUAUGAAUUUUGAGGGAGUUAAGCAAGACCUGCUACUAAUUUUAAAAUGCCUACAGACCAAUGACAUGUCUUUCCUAAGAGACUUCAUUGCCGGAGAACGUGAUAUUCAAACAAAUCUGACCAUUCCUUUUGUUGUUUAUGGAAGACAGAAUGUGAUAGAUGCUAUGACUUGCACGCUGAAUGAAGUACGCGAUUAUAAGCAACCCAAAGCAUUGUUAAUAAGUGGAUAUAGUGGAGUUGGUAAAUCAUGUGUUGUAAGAGAGUUCAGAAAUAAGUUCAAACAAGAUGUUUGCUUUAUUGAGACUAAAUAUGACCAAUCUCACAACGUACCUUUUUUUGCUUUAACUUCAAAAAUGAAUUCUAUAAUUGAAGAUAUUUUAGGAGAACCGGAACACAUAAUAUCUGAUUUUAAAAUGCGGUUGACUUCUUUGCUUGAAAGUACUCAAAUAGAGGCACUAUGUGAGACAAUUCCCAAUCUUAAUUUGCUCUUUUUUUAG